AUGAAGAUUCUAACGUCAGAGGAAAUUAAUGCCCAUAGUGCUUAUACUUUAAAAGGUGGUGCUUUAGGUGCCGUAGUAGGUUUAGCUGGUUCUGCUGCAUUAUUUAGAUUUUUACCAAAAAGAUUUCCAUCAUUUAAACCAAGUCAAAUGACUUGGUCUGUCAAGACAGCACUUUUCAUUACACCACCAACUUUGUUUACAGCAAUUUGUGCCGAAGAAGCAUCAAAUAGAUUCGAUGCUUUAAAAUACUCAGGUAAUUAUCAGAGUGAAGAAGCUGCAGAAAAACAAGCAGCUUGGGAUAAAUUGACUCGGACUGAGAAGACUAUUGAAUCCUUAAAUAAUAAUAAAUACAAAAUUAUUACAGGUAUUUGGGCAGCUUCAUUAUAUACAGCAUGGGAAAUCAUUAAUAGAGACAAAAUUAUGAAUGCCACACAAAAAGCUGUUCAGGCAAGAAUGUAUGCUCAAUUUAUCACUGUUAUAUUAUUAUUAGGUUCAGUUGCAUUGAGUUCAUAUGAAAAGAAAUUAAAUCCAGAUAAAGAAAAACAAAUUGAAAAACAACGUUGGGCAAAUGCUUUAAGAGCAGCAGCUGAACAAGAAAAAUUAGCAGCAGCUCAAACAACUUUCUCAAAUGAAGAGAGAAGAGAUGCUAAAAUCUUUAAAUAUAAAUAA